ACCCUCACGGCGGUGCCUGGGCGAUGCGAUGCUGUUGCUGUGGGUUUGAUUGACAGGAAACAUGUCGGUGUGGUGGGAGCGAACCGGGAUGCAGCUGCUGCCAAGGGAGACAGGGAGUACCUGCAUCAAAUCCACACAUCAACACCUUUAAAACCACCAGGCUUCCCCCCCCCCACCCCCCCUUCAAUUCGUCUUCUGAUAAACAGCUUCUCUUUUUUGAAACAUCCAUUUAAAACGAAGGGGCGCCCAAUGGAUGCUGUGGCUAACCGCGUCGUCCCGCUCGGUAUCUUGACAUCGUGUUUGAUUUAGCCUACAACCAGAGACACCUUGAUGAAACAGCAGGAACUACGAGGACUGUUGUUGCAAUGGAGUCGACUCUCUCACGGCUCAAACCCCGUCUGUAAACCUACGAAAUCUCGUUUCAUGGCGUUUUGCAGGUUGCUCUGUUCCGUGGGCUUCUCCACAUUUCUUUUCUGAAUUCAUUUUUGUUGUUUUUAUUUUUAUUUCUUAAAUUUUUUUUUCAAAGUGCAAAGGGGAAAUAACGACCACUGCUCGCAAAACUAUGAACGAGGAGAUGACAAAAAGCGAGGAGCAGCAUGUUAGUUUGCAGAAAGCCUUGCAGCAGUGCGAGUUGGUGCAAAAUAUGAUUGACAUAAGCAUUUCUAGUUUGGAGGGUUUACGGACCAAAUGUGCCACAUCCAACGACUUGACACAAAAAGAGAUACGAACGCUGGAGGGGAAGUUGGUAAAGUACUUCAGCCGCCAGCUGUCCUGUAAGUGCAAAGUGGCCUUAGAGGAGCGCAGUGUCGAGCUGGAGGACUUCCCUCGCCUUGGCCACUGGUUCCGCAUCGUCAACCUGAGGAAGGAGGUCACAGAGGAGAUGAGCCCAGGUGAGGUAACCCUGGAGGGCCUGUUGGAGAUGAGCGAGGAGCAGGUGUGUGAGCUGCUGCAGAAGUUUGGUGCCAACGAAGAGGAGUGCGCUCGACUCAAUGCAUCCCUCUCCUGCCUCAGAAAGGCCCACCAGCUCGAACAACUUGAGGAGGAUACAUUGCACAGUAAUGGAGGGAGCCAGGAGAAGCAGGACUGGUCCAUCCAGUGGCCCACCUCUGAAUCGGGCAAAGAAAACACUCCGGUGUGCCAGCCAGAGGUCAGUCAGUGGAUCCGGUUUCAGCUCGCCCAAAGCCCCAAAGUCCAGUCCAAGUUCAACCAGCACAUGUGCCACAGCCCCCAGGCCCUGGCCCCCCCUUUAUAUGCUGAUCGACUGACCGUUGACAGCCCCGCCACCGGGUUCUUCCCUCCCUUGGACUAUGGUCAUCGCUCCCUGCCCCCUUCACCCCGCCAGAGGCAUUUUGGCCACACACCUCCUCGGACUCCCUUAGUGGUCAACACCAUGACGCCGCCUGGCACUCCCCCCAUGCGGCGUAGAAACAAAGUGAAGGCCCCGGGCACGCCACCUCCACCUAGCCGCAAGCUCAUCCAUCUGCUGCCAGGCUUCACCGCACUGCACCGCAGCAAGUCCCACGAGUUCCAGCUGGGGAACCGCUUGGAUGACACACAGACACCAAAAGCCAAGAAGAAGACCAAACCCUUGAACCUUAAGAUCCACAGCAGCGUGGGCAGCUGUGAGAAUCUACCCACGCAGCGCUCACCCCUCCACACCGAACGAUCUCUGCGAUCCUUCUUCUUCCCCUCCUUCAUCCCUUCCACACCGCCUGUUCAUGCUGAAACACCCUCUGCAAACACUCUCUCAGUGCCUCGCUGGUCCCCACAGAUUCCCCGAAGAGAUUUGGGAAACUCAAUAAAACACAGGUUUUCCACAAAGUAUUGGAUGUCCCAGACAUGCAUAGUAUGUGGAAAGGGAAUGUUGUUUGGACUGAAAUGUAAAAACUGCAAGCUGAAGUGCCACAACAAAUGCACCAAAGAAGCCCCACCUUGCCAUUUAUUGAUCAUACAGCGAGGCGGACGAGAAUCCCUCAAAGAUCACCAAGGAACAUCUCAAGUAGCUCGUCUGGUACGGACCGAAUCGGUGCCAUGUGACAUCAACAACCCGCUCAGGUACACAGACCUGCACAUCAGUCAGACUCUUCCCAAAACCAACAAAAUCAACAAGGAUCACAUCCCAGUCCCGUACCAACCAGACUCCAGCAGUAAUCCCUCAUCCACCACCUCUUCGACCCCAUCCUCCCCAGCUCCUCCUCUACCCAGCAGUGCCACUCCCCCAUCGCCGCUACAUCCCUCCCCACAGUCGGCGCGGCAACAGAAACAGUUCAACUUGACAGCCUCCAGUUAUUUCAAAUACAAACAACAGUUCAUCUUUCCUGAUGUUGCUCCAGAGGCUCCUCCAAGCAGAGCACCACAGGUCAUCCUGCACCCUGUCCUGUCUGAACCAGGGAAUGAGGGCAACCCUUUACUUCAAAUCGAAGUUGAACCUACAUCAGAUAACGAGGAGGGCAACGACGAGGACUCCGGUGACGAGUUUGAGGAGAUGAACCUGUCGCUCCUGUCGGCUCGCAACUUCCCUCGCAAGGCCAGCCAGACUAGCAUCUUCCUGCAGGAGUGGGACAUCCCGAUUGAGCAGCUGGAGAUUGGGGAGAUGAUUGGCAAGGGGCGCUUUGGCAAAGUUUUCCACGGACGCUGGCACGGUGAGGUGGCCAUCCGUUUGAUCGACAUUGAGCGCGACAACGAGGACCAACUCAAGGCCUUCAAACGCGAGGUGAUGGCCUACCGCAACACUCGCCACGAGAAUGUGGUGCUGUUCAUGGGGGCCUGCAUGAGCCCACCACACCUGGCAAUCAUCACCAGCUUGUGUAAAGGCAGGACUCUUUAUUCCGUGGUGCGGGAUGCCAAGGUUGUCCUGGAUGUUAACAAGACCAGGCAGAUCGCACAAGAGAUGGUCAAGGGGAUGGGCUACCUCCAUGCUAAGGGGAUCUUACACAAAGACAUGAAGUCCAAGAACGUGUUUUAUGACAACGGCAAAAUCGUCAUCACCGACUUUGGACUCUUCACCAUAUCUGGGGUUUUGCAGGCUGGCAGCCGGAGAGAAGACAAGCUGAGGAUCCCCAACGGCUGGCUGUGUCACCUGGCCCCAGAAAUAAUCCAGCAGCUCUCUCCAGACACAGAGGAGGACAAGCUUCCCUUCUCCAAACAGUCAGAUGUUUUUGCUUUUGGGACCAUCUGGUACGAGUUACACGCACGUGAGUGGCCUUACAAGAGUCAGCCAGCAGAGGUGAUCAUAUGGCAGAUUGGCAGCGGGAUGAAGCCCAACCUCGCCCAAACUGGCAUGGGGAAGGAGAUAUCAGACAUUCUGCUCCUUUGCUGGGCAUACAAGCAGGAAGAGCGACCCAGCUUCUCCAUGCUGGUAGAUUUACUGGAAAAGUUGCCAAAACGGAAUCGUCGCCUUUCCCACCCGGGGCACUUCUGGAAGUCAGCUGAGUAUGUCAAAUGAGUUAGGGACACAAAACAGCAAACAAUCAGCAACUAUUACAAAAACAACAGCCGCCAUAACUCUACACAAAUAACCCACCUCCUUAAAGAAUGCACUGAAUCCAAAAGCCAGCCCAGUGAUGAAAACUGCCCACGCUGUGUGUAUUUUCAUGGAAUGUUGGCAUGUGUGUGUACAGAUAUGUUCAGUUUCUCAAAGCAGUCGGGUCUCAUAUUUUCUUUGGUUUGAUUUAAACCAUACUGGAUAUUUUCCUUUGUUUUUUUUGUCUUUUACUAUUGACUUUCUCCCUUCAUAAUAUUUGAUUUAUUUUCUGGAUAUAUCUUGCUUGUAACUUUUGACUGAUCACAUCAUCCUGAACUUAAAAAAAACACGUUUGAGAACAAAUGUAGAUUUUUCUUUCCCAUAUCUUCUUUGGUUUUUGUUUUGAAUGAAUCUAACUGUUGUACAUUACACAUUGUAUAUUUCCAUAUCAUUGUCUUGCCAUUCCUUAUGUCUGUCAACUGUGUAGAGCAUUCUGUCAGUGUUACCUCAUGGUCUCUCAUGUGUGGAUGUCUGUACAGCUUUGUCUCUAAAGUUAUUUUAACUUAAAAUAAUGUCCUCUUAUUUACACCGUACCAUUUGAAUGUGAAUAAGCCAGCGUCCCUGUUUGUGUGGGGAUGUGUUUGCACGGUUCUUUGAUGAGAGAAUGUUCUCUGAUCAGCCUGUGCUUUGAAUAUUGCCUGUGAACAUAAGGAGACGUUUGAACAAUUACAGCCUUUGGGGGAGUAAAGCCGCUGGUCAGACCAGGACUCCCUCACUUGACGCUGUUCUGUGAAAUCGCUGACACUUGAAAUGUAUCUCAUCAGCUGUUGGAUAACUAAUUACCCUUCAGAAAUGCUAUCACUGAGCCCCCAUCCCCCAUUUCCCAGAAAUAAAUGUAAAUUAUUCUACUUCAAAUAGAUAAUGAUAGAUACAGACAAUACAUCUGUAGAUACAUAUACAAAUCUAAAGCAUGCUACUGUAUAGUCAGUACAGUAACAUUAAGUUAUUUUAAUUUAAUAGAUACAUGAACUGACGUUAGCUUUCUGAGCAGUGUAUGAAACUGUUUUAUAAAAUAGUUUGGAGACUUGGGUCAAAGACCUGUUUCUAAUCGGCCUGGGUCUGAGGACCCCAAUGAUUUGGAUCUGCGCAGGUAAAUGAUGGGAUUGUUAGACAUGUAAAGGGAGAGCACAUUACCUUUAAAAAAGGCAACACAAAAACUCUGGGAAAUUUAAGUUUGUGUUUCACUUGUUCAAAUUCGUUCGGAGUUGCUUAAAAGCAGUGUUGUAGUCACUUUGAAUCUACAUUGAUCCUGGAUAAGGUUACUGACUACGAUUUUUAAAAAGGUAAUUAGUAAUUGCGUAUGAAUACAUUUUUAAAGUAACCCUCCCAUCCCUGAGCAUACGCUAGAAAGAUGAAAACAUUUGCAGAUUUACUCUUCCAAAUCAAUCUCUUCCAGACAAUAAUACAUUACUUUAAUAAAACAUUGAGAAACAACUGUAUAAAAGUGUGUUCAGGCUGACUGCAAAGUGAAUUUAAGAGCCAGCUUGAAUGCGUUCAAAGCCAAUUGGAAGGAUUGAAGUGGAUUCAAACAGAGGCUGGAUUCACUCAAGGUGCUGAACAGUGACCCCUGAAGCUACAAGUGACAGUUAUGAGAUAAUGCUGAAGGCAAAACAACUACUACUACUACUCUCACUUUAACAUUUAGCUAAAAUGCUAAGCUACUGUGAAAGUGAAAGUAGUGCAUGAGGAUAAGUCAGCGAACUGGCUCAACAAUUUCAGUUACACAGCAUUAUUUAUCUCAAGUUUGCUAAAAUUUGCCCCCAUAAACUAAGUCAGACUGUGGCAGUGGUGCAUUUAAUUGCUUAUGAAUUCAACUUUUAACUUGUAAGAGGAAGAUUCUGGAAUUUAGGUACUUACAUCUCACUUAAGUCUCCGCGGAAAAGACUUGUCUACACACACACACACACACACACACACACACACACACACACACACACACACACACACACACACACACACCACACACCCACCACACACACACACACACUCACACAAACACACACACACAUACACACACACACACACCAAGUCUGUUUAUGUUCUAGCUAUAGCUGUAUACAAAUAAGUGAAGUUAAAAAUAAGCAUUGUGUUUUGUCUGAACACACAAAGACAGGGGAUGACAAUAUGUGAUUUCACGUCACAUAAAGGAGACUUUUUUGUGAUUCUUUAUUCUCUUGUUUAUAUCCACUAUUCAUGAUGCCAGAUUCACGUUGUGCUGAAUGAAUAACCUACGAAGCGCUGUAACUCUAUAUUUUUACACUUUAAACAGAUAUUAAUGACUUUCAUUAACCAGUACGAUUAAAAAAAGCAUUUUACUUAUUAAUUUAACAAAACAGACUUUCUUACCUCUGUAUUAACUAGGCUACUUUCGACUACAACACUGCUGAAAAAGUGACUGUGGUGGACAAAUUAAUCCUAAACUUGCCUUCUUGUUUUUUAAAUCUUGAAGAUUUUAUUAAACAAACCUAGAGAGUGUUUUUUUGGGGUUCUUAGAUUAUAAAGUUAAAGUAACAAGUAAGUAACUUAAAUGUGGCUGAACUUUCCCUUUAACAUAUCAUAAAAGACAUAUCAGGAUGCUAAAGACCACACCAGGCCAUUUUUCUACUUCAUAUCACAAUAUAUUUUAAAUGUAUGUUUCAGAGAUAUAGUAAAUCGGAAUCAUAUCAUCAUGAAUUGGAAGCUGUGACGUCAUUCAAGCUGUAUACUGCUUUUGAUUCUCUCUAGCCACGUGGAAUAGAUAGAGACAAUCCAAUCAUGUUAAAUAGCCAUUUUCCACCUAAUUAUAUACACAUCUGCCAGUGUUGGAAAAUGCAUACAAACAAUCUGCUGCUGUUUUUUGGAGUCUGUCUUUCUAUUUUGGAAUUGCUGGGAUUCAAAUAUUGUAAGUGGAUCAUAUAUAUAUUUGUACUGUUUACAACUUUCAAGUGCAUGAGAUGGACUAUUGAAGAUUGAUUCUUGUUAUGAAAAAGAAAUCCUUCUACACUACAUAUAAAAAAGUUAUGUGAGCAUUUUUCUGAUUAACUGUUGUCCAUUGAGCAGUUUGAUCUCAAUACAUAAUGAAGUUUUACGUCAGGCUUUGCAGAACUUUUCAACAGCUUUGUUUGAGAGAACGAUUGUUUAAGAAUAUUUAUAGAUUAUAUAAAUUAUUAGACUAGCAUUGAAAUAAAAAAAAAUAAAAAGAGUUGCGACCUGUGCACAUGCUAGAGUUGACAACAACUUGACUGGACAACAAUCAAAGAUCUAACAUUAGUGCCAAGUGUACAUAACAGAUUGUAGACUAUGUUUUAUCGUCACUUGCCGUAAUAUCAAUAUUCCUUGUGAACUUUUGGACUUAUUUAUUUUGAAUGUACAAAUUGUGUUGUGUUUUUUGUUGUUUCUGUUUUCUGUUCAUUUACAUUUUUUUCCUCCAUUUUCCUUCUAAUUGCAUACGCAUUGAUGCUGUGUUGUUUCUUUUCCUUGAUUCCGUCCUUGUAUAGUAGAUGAUAGCUCCGAAAAGCUUGUAUUUAAUGAUGCCUUAUGGUCCAUGGCUUAUUGAUGAGUAGAUUUUGAUCACAAGCUCUUUAAUUUGCACUCAUCCUUUACAAAGUGUAUGACAAUAAAAAGAUCUUUUCAUUUUG